UGGGCGGCGCGGCCUGGCGCGGGGGUGCGUGGCGGCCUCGUGCGCGGCCGGUGAGCGGGGCGCGUGCGGUCCCCCCUCCCCUCAGCCGCUCCAGCUUCCCUCCCCGCGGGACAUGGCCAAGAGCCUGAGGAGCAAAUGGAGGAGGACGAUGCGGGCGGAGAAGAGGAAGAAGAACGCGCCCAAGGAGCUGGAGAGGCUGAAGAAGAUCCUGGGAACCAAAGCGGAUGUCAUCAUGGAGGAGGUCAAGGAAGUGGCGACCGUGCUGCCCCCCGAGAAAGUCCUGGAGCAGAGAGAUGACUGCAAAAUGGAGCUGGAUAAUAAACGAAACAAAAAAACUCUUCUAGACCAGCAUGGACAGUACCCAAUAUGGAUGAAUUCCAGGCAAAGAAAGAAGCUUAAGGCUCAGCGUGUUAAAGGGAAAAAAAAAUCAAAAUUGGCCAAAGGCCUCGUCUGGUAAAAUCAGUUUUGUAAGAUCAUGAAUAUUUUGUUAAACAAAAUAAAUUUCUCACAUAAAUUAAUGAGAUUUUGUGCUUGGUCACUGAGUAUAAUCUAUUGUAUUGAAUGAAUUUUUGAAGAGACUGUUUGGGCAACAAAUGAUGGAAGAAAUAGCAGCUUGGUGUCUGCCAAACUUGAAAAGCAAGCUGAGUGCCUUUGAAUAGACUAAUUGGCCUGUGGUUAUCUGUUUUCUUGGGGGGUGAGGGUCUUCAUCUUUUAUACUGUGAACACUGAAAACAGUAAAGGAAAUCCUGAAAGUAACUAAACCAAAUGUUUUUGUACUGUGGUCUUUGUCAGUGUAACUUGUCUUUUAGUAAAUAUAACCAAAGGAUUCUGUAAACACGCUGUAUCCUUUAAAUCCUUCUGUAAAUUUGUUUCACUGACUUGUGUUGCUUUUAACAUCUGAUAAUUAACAAAAAUAUCUUUUCAUAUGUAACUCCAAAAUUUUUAUGCUGAAACAACACCAGGGCCUCAUGAAAAUUCUGCAAGUAAAAUGAGAAAGUGUCAGUCUGACAUAAGUUCACAAAGAGAACAGCAAAAUAUUUCAUUGCUGUCUGCAACAGAAAUAUUGUAGGAACUAAAUAAGUGAAAGUACAACUGAUUCUUUUAUUAUUAAAAUGAGAGAACGCAAAUGCACAGA